GUUCCUCCAGUCCACUAGGGGGUGUUGGGGUGCCUCUGUGCACUUCCCCGCUCAGCCAUGUUGAAAUAGUGUCUGUGCCUGUGAACAGCGCUGAGAGCGCAAAGGAACUGCAGCCCGCCAUUGUGUAGAAACCAAGCUCUAUAGAGAGACAGGGGCACUUGGCUAACUCGAAUAGACAUUUCCUACACCCUGCCGCACUAAUUAAUAACUAAAUUUAAUACGCAGGCCCCAGGGAUAAAGAAAUGUCAACAAGCAGCCUUCUUGAACAGAGACCGAAAGGCCAAGGAAAUAAAGUGCAAAACGGAGCUGUUAACCAAAAGGACACUUUAAAUGAUGAUGAGUUUGAGCCCUACCUGAACACUCAGGCCAGACAGAGCAAUGCCUACACGGCGAUGUCGGACUCGUACAUGCCCAGCUACUACAGCCCGUCCAUCGGCUUCUCGUACUCGCUGAACGAGGCGGCGUGGUCCACGGGCGGCGACCCGCCCAUGCCCUACCUGGCCUCCUACGGACAGCUGAGCAACGGCGAGCCCCACUUCCUGCCGGACGCCAUGUUCAGCCAGGCGGGGGCGCUGGGGAGCAACCCCUUCCUGGGGCAGCACGGCUUCAACUUCUUCCCCGGCGGCGUGGACUUCUCGGCCUGGGGCAGCGGCGGCUCGCCGGGCCAGACCUCGCAGAGCUCGGCGUACGGCAGCAGCUACGCCUACGCGCCCAGCUCGCUGGGCGGCGCCGUGAUGGACGGGCAGUCGCCCUUCGGCGCCGCCGCCAACGAGCCGCUCAACAAGGCGCCGGGCAUGAACAGCCUGGACCAGGGCAUGGCCGGGCUCAAGAUCGGCGGGCCGGCCGGCGACAUGGCGCCGAAGGUGGUGGGGUCCGGUCUCCCCGGGGGCGGGGCGGGCGGGGGCGGGGGCGGCGGCCCCCUCAACCCGGUCACGGGCGCGCCCAGCAUGCCGCCGGUGUCCAUGGCGCCGGUUAAGCCGGCCUCCUGGGCGGACAUCGCCAGCAAGCCCGCCAAGCCCCAGCCCAAACUGAAGGCCAAGGGCGGGCUGGGCGGCGGGAACCUGCCCCCGCCGCCCAUCAAACACAACAUGGACAUCGGCACCUGGGACAACAAGGGGAGCGUUCCCAAGGCCACCGCGCCCCAGCAGGCCGUCGCCGCGGCCGCCGUCGUCCCCAGCAACGGGCAGCCGCCCAACCAGGCGUCCCCCCAGCCCGGCGGCAUGGCGGUCGGCUCCCCGCAGCUCCCCCUCACAAACGGCCAGCUGCCGCCCCCUGGUGGACAGAUCGGGCAGCACCACCAGCAGCCCCCUCCUCCUCUCCCUGGCCAGCCUCUGCUGCCCCCCCAGGGCCCCCCUUCCUCCGCGCAGCCCGCCCCGCCCACCCGCUGGGUCCCGCCCCGUAACCGCGCCAACGGCUUCGGCGGGGACGCCGGGGGCGGGGGGGCGGGGGCCGGGGCGGGGCUCGGGGGGCAGUCGCCGCCGAACUCGGGCGGCGGGGGCGGCGGGGCGGCCCCUCCCUCCUCCGCGCCCUCGGAGCCCCACCCGGUCCUGGAGAAGCUCCGCCUGGUCAACAACUACAACCCCAAGGACUUCGACUGGAACCCCAAGCAAGGGCGCGUCUUCAUCAUCAAGAGCUACUCGGAGGACGACAUCCACCGCUCCAUCAAGUACAACGUGUGGUGCAGCACGGAGCACGGCAACAAGCGGCUGGACGCGGCCUACCGCUCCACGGCCGCCAAGGGCCCGCUGUACCUGCUGUUCAGCGUCAACGGCAGCGGGCACUUCUGCGGCGUGGCGGAGAUGCGCUCGCCCGUGGACUACAACACGUGCGCCGGCGUCUGGUCGCAGGACAAGUGGAAGGGCCGCUUCGACGUGCGGUGGGUCUUCGUCAAGGACGUGCCCAACAGCCAGCUGCGGCACAUCCGCCUGGAGAACAACGAGAACAAGCCCGUCACCAACUCGCGCGACACGCAGGAGGUGCCCCUCGACAAGGCCCGGCAGGUCCUGAAGAUCAUCGCCGGCUACAAACACACCACCUCCAUCUUCGACGACUUCUCCCACUACGAGAAGCGGCAGGAGGAGGAGGACAGCGUGAAGAAGGUGGAGGUUCAGGGAAGUGACCCGUACACUGGUAACCCAGGAAACCCCAGCCGGAGCCACUACAGACUGCAGGAUCGCCAAGGACGUGCCAAGUAGCUCUGGCCACGCCCCCUUAUGGACUGCCAUGACUCCUCCCACUUCCCCCCUGCAUCCAGAUCUUUUCACAAAUUAAAAAAGAAAAAAACAACAAAAAGUUUAACCAGGGACACACGAAAAGGAAAAAAAAACAAAACUUAAAAAAAAAAAAAAAAACUAAA